AUGGGAGACCGAGACCAGGACCAGCCGUUUACAAGCCUUAAGCUGUGGAUAGACCAUGAUGCCGCUGCUCUUAUUUGCUGUCACGACAGAUGCAGAUGCGCCAUCUCGAUCAAAGCUUCGCGGGCGACAUCACAUUUGCAAUACUCUCAUGGCAUCUCCACAGAUCAGAGAAAAGGUUUAACACAGCAGCUGGCAGCAUUUAAACUACAAAACCCCGAAGAUAUCACUGCCCUCGAAGACGGCUCUCCUCAGCACUCACAAUUGCGAAUACACGAAGGUUUCGCAUGCAAUCAGUGCAAAUUUCGAACCACUAGUCUCCAGAUUAUCACGAAACGACAUUACUCAAAGGGGCCUGAAGGCUAUUCGUGCUCUUCUGCUACCGCCCCUAGGAAGUUCGCUGCUCAAAAAGAAGAUUUCGUUGAAUCCGUGCGGCUACAGACAUGGAUCACAGGUCCAGGACGAAAGUAUUGGAUUGUUGCGGAUGACAGCAACGAAGCGGACUCCGCUAGGAACCAGCGAGUCAACAAAAAAGAAGUGGAUCAUUAUCAGUCAGUACGACAGCGAGAGAACGAGAGGGACCGCAUCCACGGGUUGCGGGCGGCCGAAACAUGGAUUGACAAUUCAGGUACCCCAUCCCUAUCCUUCGCUGAACAACGGCCUUGGCUGGAGCGGACUGGUUGGGAGGAGACAUUCAGGAAGAAAAACCGUCACCUCCUCGCCGCUCUCGUAAGUGUUCCGCGAUAUGGAUCAGAUGCAAAGCCCUACCUACUACUGCGGAAAGGUGUUGAUGGGCUUGAACAAGAUCUCGUAAGCCCGGCGAGCGACGAGCUAAGAAUUGCCCACAUUCUUCGAUUAUUCGACCCUAUGAUGGAUAGAUGUGAAGAAACAGCAAAGAAGACAAGCCGAAACGUACUAUGCUGGCUGAAAAGCGUUCGCUUACAGUCGAGCUACCCCAAGCCAUUCACACUCGUACGACAGCCCUCGAGCACCAGGAAGUAUCGAGCAAUCUUCAAACAAGCCUUGGCAUUUGUAUUCCGGAUAUAUCGGCUUGACCCUUCAAUUGUACGCAAGACAAUUGAUGUGCAGUUGAGGAAAAAGACAUUUGUCCUGCUUGACAGAAUAUGGCACGAUGACCACUGGAAGACUGUUCAGGAAGGCUGCUCAACUAACAAGAUUACUGGCACAUCCAGUAGCCCCGCAACAACAGGUGUGGACACAGGAGAUAGCUGUAGUGGUAAGCUUGGUUUUGGUAGUGGGGAUAAAGACGACUGCGAUAUAGAGCAGUAUACGACAGCAGACGAGGAAGACUGUGCGGAUGACGAAGAGGACCUUGACGACGAUGAUGACAACGACGAUUAUGGCAAUGACGACGACGACGAUGAUGAUGAUGAUGAUGAUGACGACCACGACCACGACCACGACGACGGAAGCUCUAGUGUCAACGGUGAGGACGACAUGAAUGUGGAUCUGAGCGAGCAACACAACAUCAUGCAGCGUUCAGCUCAGCAAACGAGCAGUGUGGGUGGCAAAGGAGGUCAUGCUGGAUCAGAUGAUAGUGUCAACCCAUGUGAAACAAUCCUGGAGCUCUUAUUUGGUGUUUGCAUUUCAUUAUGCAAAGAGCAUCCGAUUGACGGUCAUCCGAGUUCCAUGAUUCUUCAUUUUUUCAGCGGCAUCUUGGGGUUCUCCAAGUCUCUAGAUGCCUUCCUUCCUGCAAGGUCGUUUACAUCGCACUUGUCGGCACUUAUAUACAUUCAGCGUCUACUCUUUAUUGAGUAUGCUCUUCCACUGCGACCAUAUCCAUCACUUGGCAUCGACCGCCGGCCUCGCACUCAACAAGUUGAGCGGCUGAACUCAAUUCGCAAAUCAUACAUGGUCAUGGGCUCAGAUUCAUCCUUUGAGGAAUUCUUCACCCUUCGGAGCUACGGUCGAGUUAUGGCCCGGUCUGACACGCCGUCCUUCCUCCUGCGAUGGAGUGAGGAUGGCCAAACAGUACACUGGGGCGACUCGAGUAAGCUUACUAUGGAUCAGAUGAGGCUGCUGUUGAGGAGACUGAUUCAGCAAGCUGCCGAGGUCUGUGAGGAGCUUCUAUUCGGUUUAGAAUGCUCCGUGGAUCUCUCCAAAGUUAAAGAUGAUAUAACUAACAGCAAGAGAGGGUUCUCGUUUGUUACCCACCCAGAGAACGGUCUUGCGGAGGAAUAUCUAAAACUGUUCCGGCGAGCAUGCACUGCUAAGCAUAGAAAAUUAUCAUCGUCUAAAGGGCAAUGGAAAUGGAAAGCCGUCUGGGCAUACCUCGCGAAAGAGAAGCAAUUCCGCAUUCUACUUGCCUCAAUCAUGUACUUGUCUGGUGGGCAAGUACCCAGGUGGUCGGAGCUACUCAAUAUAUGGUGCGUUAAUGGCGAGUUCGUGGAAAGGAGCAUUUUUGUAUACAAGUCGAUGAUAAUGUAUCUGAUCCGCCAUCACAAGGCCAAAAGAUCUGCGAAUAAUGAGUUCAUCGUCGCCCGUUUUCUACCGGCUGAAGCCAGUCAACUGGUGUACAAGUACCUUGCAGUUAUACGACCAUUCAUAGAUUUAAUUGGUCGCGAACGCAAUGGUGAUCAGGUGGACGUGAUUUCAGCCACCUCGCCUUUGCUAUUCCGAGCUCAGAUUGAACAUGGGAGCAAACCUUUGGAUAGCGCUCAAGUCAAUGCGGCGUUUCGUAGGCAGAUCUUCUCCGUUUGGAACGAAACCGUUAACUCCCGGACUUUGCGACAAUUAUGCAUCGGAAUAACAGAGAAACAUGUACGAGAAGUAUACCAGCCAUUCAAUAGGUUCGACGACAAGUCUGACAAGGCGUCUCGAAAUGUGGUCUUUGCUUGGCAAAGCGGCCACCGCCCUCUGCUGCGAGGUUCAACAUACGGACUUGAUGGUGCAUUUCCGUCGACUUUACAGCCACAAUUACUGGAGCUUUACGAAUGGGCUUCACUUCGGUGGCAUGAGUUCCUUCAGCUACCGAGCAAACAUGCUCCGGGAACAAGAGACAGCGCUAACUGCGUAGCGUCCUUGGAUAGCAGGCUCGAAGCGAUCAAACGGCAGCCUAUCAUUUGUGGUACAGCAGCUGCGUCCACCCUUGCCCAGGACAAUAUGACAGAGUCAGAACCAGAUGUUAAAACGAUACCUGCAAAGCGAAAGUUUCCACUUUCGUGCGGUCAGCAGCUCGCCCAGCAUGAUGAGCCGCAGACAAAAUAUACUAAACCGUCAAACUUCUUGUUGCAUCUAGGGGGUUCAUCCCUUACACAUAUUGCACCGCCCACAUCCACAGACAAAACAAAUACUGCAAACCUCCACUCAUCUUCUUUGCGGCCUCCAGUGCGGCCAUAUUACACAACGAAUUGUCUCAACAACUUAGGGACGCAAUUUUUUGCCUCGCCUACCGGUGAAGCAUUUCCUAUCGGUCCCCACAGGCCUCCACUCUCUGUAAAUACAACUCAAGACUCAAACAAACAUCAGUAUCUUAUUCACGGACGGAACUUGGCUUCCCUGCACGACAAGCAGCUGGAAUUGAAGUCAUUCAAUGUAUUUCUACAUCAAUACUUGACUGGUAGACAGAGCAGCAGCCUCAUGCACGGGCGACUUAGUCGAAUGAUCGAGACGACGAGGUGGUGGGGUUCGAUUGGCUGCCCCCUAUGUUUCCUGUGCGAAGGUACAGAGGCAGAGCACACGCUACACAGGUGCAAGCGGGAUGAGUUACGAAACAAGGCCUUAUCCAUCAUUAGAUGGUUAGAGGAUCUGCGCAUACCUCAGCAUACAUCAAAAGGGGGAUCUUGCAGCGUCUGUUUGUCUUUCUAUGCUUGCGCAGAAGCUGCUAACACGACACAAGAUUCUGAUUUUGAAACGUAUUGUAACAGAGACCCUAUGAAUGAUCCGUAUUCGGAUGGCCGUUGUGAAAUUAAGCCCAUCAUUUGUAUGGCGAUUGCAUCUCUUGCCGCUUAUGACGGUCAUCUGUUUGCAAAUAUGCUUGCUAAGGUGCCGUUAGCGAUUGAUGCUGAAGUGUGGUUUGAACGAAGAAUACCAUAUGAUGGCCGUUGGUUCUCCAACCUCUUACUUGUGUACGAGGAAGUCAUGCUAGCAUUUUAUUACACUCGUAAUAUGAGACGAGGGAACGGCCCUUUAUGGAGAUUUCCCAGUCAUCCACCAGCGCCAGAGCCACCAGCUUAUCAGGCUAUUGGCAAGGCAUACCCAAAAUGGGAUACAGCAGAGGAAGUCGCUAGCUGGGAAGCCGCAAUAGGUUACUGGGAGGACAAAUGCCCCAUCUGCGCGGGACGUGGCAUAGGCGGCCAGGACAUACAACAUACACUGCGCCAAUGCACCCGUGGCGGCAGUCAGACGUUGCGCAGCGAGCUUGCAGUGGCAAUGUACGAAGAAGGGAUAGUCCCAAAGAAUGGCUGCGAUACCUGCCAUAUUCCAUAUGACUUCUGCGAUAACUGGGCGAGGAUGGACGACGGCAAAUGGGACACCAUCACCACAGUCAAAGGCGUGAUAUGCCAGUUUGAGCGCCACCUGCUAUACGAUACUAUUAUUGGUCUCUAUCAUUGCGGGGAAACAGAUGUCGUUGAGGAAUUUCACAAAGUUGCAUAUGAAUAUUGCAUACAGGGAGGAUUAACCGUUGCCCACGACCAAAAAACAAUCGCCCUUGCAUUGUCGCAACCAAUCACCGUCACCAGAGUGGCGGGAUCUCAAUUACUACGAACACUAGUUGUAUUGACAAGCGUAGUGCUCUACAAGGUGAAGAGGGACAAAGAAGACGAAAAUUCAGUUCAUUUAUUGUAG